AUGAACUUCCAGGAAGAUAAGGUGGUGGAUUUCAGACAUCUUCAGUCUGCCAUUACAUAUCAGCAGGAGGUAAGAAAAGAACCGAUUGAUGAUAUGAAGGCACAGAUGGCAAGUGAGAUGGCAAAGAAAGAUGCAGAGACCCAGAAACUUACUCAGAAGUAUGAGCUGCUGCUCAACCUGACAAGAGCUCAAGCAACAGUCAUUCAGAACUUGAAGUUGAACAAAAUGAAAGAGAAGCAAGCGCUUACUGAAGCUAGUAUGAAUUUGGAGCUGAAGAAUGCAGAGCUAACAAAGUGUCAGGAGAAGCUCACCCAAGAGAAGCUAGAGUUGAAGCUUCAGGUUGCUGAUCUGCUUAAGGGAAAUGAAAAGCAUAUUGAAGAGAAGUGGCAGUUAGAGUUUCAGAAUGAAAAGUUGAAGGAGAAGUUCAGGGGGAUUCAGGCCAUCUCUUGGAGAAGUGAAGAAGAUGAAAAUGAGAUUAGUGGCAUUGCUGACCUUUUGGGAAUGAUGGUUGUGUAA